CUGCUACAUGCUGUUCUAUGCUACAUACAACAAACAUUACGCCAGUUUCCACUGGAAAUUCUGUUUUAGUUCAGCUUUAGUCAUGAGUUGUUUGGCAAUUAAUUUCAGUUGGAGAGAAAGCACAGAUUUUCAAAGUAAAAGUCCCAAGACAGUGGCAGGGGCUUAACAAAGACACAUUAAUAGGUGAGAUAAAAGGACAGCCAAAGGACAGCAGGAGCAGCAGCCCCACUGCAUUUUCUUCCCACACAUCAGAGGAGUUCAGUUAGUUGGGAUCUUCUUAAGCACCCACGGCCGAUGAUGGUGGUGGUGGUAGCGGACACAGAGUGGAGGAAGAGUAGGGCGUGUGGAUGCCGUCGCUCAUGUUAGGAUUCAUCACGGUGAAUUCCUCACAGUGGAGUACACAACUUUACAUCGCCACCUUUUAGAGGUGGCCAACAGAAACACUGAUGCACUGAGUUUGGAAACAGAAAAGUUGUAAUUCCAGAGAUACAAUGUCCAACAACCAACUAUAAACUGCAGCAUGUUUCUCGUUCUGUAUACUGUUUACAGUUUUUUCUCCUCGCCCAAAAGGAUGAUUUAUUUAUUGCCCACAUCAGUACCAUGUCAUCCCCUUUUUCAGCUUAAGUGAUGGAAAAUUUCAUUGGAUAGGAAGCUAAUGUAAGCAUAUCUUGUUAACAGGAGAGAUAAUGUAGUUACAGUAACAGGUUGUAUUACUCUCAUCGUUCCCUUUCUAGAUGUUUAAGUCCAGCUUUUAUCAUCCCUCAGAAUCAAACAGAACGCAGAUGACAAACAGUAUAAACAUAUAUGUAAAUGGAUACACGUGCUGUAUACACAGUAGUCUAACACAAUGUAAAGAAUGCACACAGAGCAGCUCUCCUUCUAGAUCCAAAUGCGCAUACAAGAUGGGUUACUAGCCGAAGAAGGAGAGGAGAGAGAAAGCGAGGGGGGUGUUGAGCAAGCUCUCAUCGAUCUGUCCGAGAGAGGGAGAGGGGAGGGGGGGUGGAAGAAAGCGCAGCGCCUGCCUGCAUCUAUAUCCCAGCAGACCCCUCCUCUCUCUCUCUCUCUCUCUCUCUCUCUCUCUCUCUCUCUCUCUCUCUCUCCCCCCCCUGUCUGCCUGCCAGCUGAUGCUGACUGGAGGUGAGGCGGUUUCUCUCUCCCCUCGCCAUCCCGGGGAAACCUGUACGGACGGACGGACUGACUGACGGAGGUUUUUUUUUUUUUUUGGAUUUUUGACACCAGCUACUUGGUGAUGACAGCGGGAGGAAACUGCGCAAAUAAAGAAAACAAACCAAAGCCGAGAGAGAAAGCGGUCAGAAACCAAGACUGAGCACAGUAACGCAGAGAGAAACACAACAACUUCCAACGGCUGUGUCCUCGGGGCGGUCUGCGGGGAGCUCUGGAGCUGUUGGCGCCAGGAAGGUGGCUAUAAACCACCUGCCUUUGCUCUUUGUCAGUGAUGGAGUUCCCAGAUGACUUCCUGUUGGCCGAGCUGGGCCACCUGCAGCUCUACAACGACUCGCUCUUCCAGAACAACUUCACCGGUCCAUACAACGAGACAGACGCCUUGCUGCCGACAGGUGUGAAGGUCACCAUCGUGGUCGUCUAUAUGAUCGUCUGCGUCAUCGGCCUGGUGGGAAACUUCCUGGUCAUGUAUGUCAUCAUAAGAUACACUAAGAUGAAAACAGCCACUAACAUCUACAUCUUUAACCUGGCCCUGGCUGAUUCUUUGUUCCUGGCUACUUUACCUUUCCAGGGCACCGACGUGUUCCUGGGCUUCUGGCCGUUUGGGAACGCUUUGUGCAAGGCGGUGGUGUCAAUCGAUUACUACAACAUGUUCACCAGCACCUUCACCCUGACAGUGAUGAGUAUGGACAGAUACGUGGCCGUCUGCCACCCUGUCAAAGCCCUGGACAUGAGGACUCCUCACAAGGCCAAGGUGGUGAACAUCUGUGUGUGGGUUUUGGCAUCGGCCUUUGGUGUUCCGGCCAUGGUGAUGGGAAAUGUAGAGGAAGAACAAGAGCAUAACAGCGUUGAGUGCAUCGUGGUUUUACCUGAACCUAGGAGUCACUGGGAUCCUGUAUUCGGCACCUGCGUCUUCCUCUUCUCCUUCCUUAUUCCCGUGGCUAUUAUCAGCAUCUGCUACAGCUUGAUGGUCAAGCGCUUGCGCAGUGUUCGCAUCCUCUCAGGCUCCAAGGAAAAAGACCGUAACUUGCGUCGUAUCACCAGGAUGGUCUUGGUGGUGGUGGCAGCAUUCGUCGUCUGUUGGACACCCAUCCAGAUCAUGGUCCUGGCUCAGUCACUGGGCUUCAACCUGAGUAGCUUGUUCACACUGGUCCUGAUGCACUUCUGCAUCGCACUGGGCUAUGUCAACAGCAGCUUGAAUCCUGUGCUCUAUGCCUUCCUGGAUGAGAACUUCAAGCGCUGCUUCCGCGAGUUCUGCCACCCAUCACCUUUCCGCCUCGACACCCAACAAUCAGGCAGGAUGAGGAGCAUUGCCAGGGAGGUAGCAGCAGCGUACAGCUGCAAGGCCGGAGAUGGUGGGGGGCCUGGGGGAGGAACGCCUAAUCCAGCAUGACUAGGCGUGGAACUCCCCUUGGUGGGGGUAGAUCCCCCACAAAGGAGAGACAUCCAGGGUACAGGGAACUCCAACACAGAAUUAACUCAGAUCACAGCUCUCUAGCGGCACGAGCCCUCCCGUCCCCCAACUAGAAGACUGGCCUGGGGCGGGGGGGAGGGAGAUGAGGAGGACGGGAUUGAAAGGAAAAGAAUUUAGGAAUAAGGAUGGGGAUGACAAACAUAGGACCCGUAGGGAGCUUAUGUGGGUGGAAGGAAGUGGGUUAUGUUGAAAGACUGGGUAGGAAGGGUGGUAGACUUUUAGGUAUGAGAUAGUGCCAGAUAUGGAAGUAGCUCAAACCAUUCUGGAUCCUGGAUCUCGGAACAGCUAUGGCCUAACUUCACUGAGGUGGUAAGAUGUUGUGGAAAUGAGCUACAGACUUUAGGGAAACUUUAAGACUUGCUUCAGGAUUCAGUGGCAGCGUUUCAUCCACAUGUUGACAUCCACCUUUUUUGAGGUGGAUGUAAACACAAAACAGGUGAAAACAUUAUUUGACAUUUAUUGCAGCUCCAAAUCAGCACCCUCUAGCUCUGCCAACUGAGGCUGAUACCCAGUUUGCUGCAGCUUUAGAAAGAUGCCUAACUUGGUUAUGAGAAGGCAGGAGUUUGAGCUAGAUAUUUGGAGAGAACUUACAAACAGCAGGGGAUUAACUGAAGGAGCUGCUGAUACCAAAUCUCUGAAACCACCACGCACUACUUUUGUGCUUGUAGAAAGAAUAUUAACAACAUUGGAAGAAUGGAUUGUGGCCGUCUGGUGGACCAUGGACUGAAGACUUGCCAAGGAAGAAGUAAGGAGGAGUAAAGUUUUCUGGAGGUGUGAAAUGGUUGAUAAACACUUUCACUACAGUUUAUUCUAUCUUCACCAAUUGAUGUUUCAGUCCUAAGAACUUGGUUCGAAGCUGUGGACAAAAGACCCUGUGGCCCAUACUGAUCUCAGUGUUGGGUCUUCAUCGUGAUGGGUCCUGUAUGGGUCAAUGUAAAAACAAUUCGUAAUGACAAUAUGCUGCUGAGCCCUUAUCAGGACUAAAUGGGCAUAUAAAAUGUAAUGUGAUAUUUGAGAGUGUUGUCAGGAAGUUGGAUGUAAUAUCUAAAAAAACAAUAGGUGGCAUAAGGAAGAAUAACAAUGUGCAACAAGCUACUCUUGAACAAUACUUCUUAAACUGUGUCUAUGGACCCAGAAUGGGUCACAUGAAUGUUAUUUCUCAUAGAAGCAACAUUUCUCAACGUGUCCUGAAGCAAAAUAAGCCUAAGGAAUCCUGUCGUAAAACAAGUUUCUUAGCGUUUUUGUGAUUUUUGAAAACUUUUUAUGCUCAUCUGU